CGUGUUAUUCGACGUGGGCCCUCGGACGCCCCCACCCCGCACAAUCGCACUCAUCCCACGUCUCGUCGGAGCGAAAGGCUGCCGCAGCACCAGCGGCUGCCUCCGAAGCUGAGCUCCUCUCGCCGCCAUGGAGUCUCCCGUGAGCCGGUGAGCCGCAUCCAGACCCCACGGAGCCGUGUUUAUUUACCUCGCAGACGCAUAACCCGGAGAUUCAGUCGACAUGUAAGAGGAGGAUAACUAUUGGCGUGUGACGGAGACCAAAACAUCCGCAGCUCAUCGCAUGUGAAAGGUGAGAAGGAUGAGCACUUCAGGUCUCUAGUCCUGCACUGCCUGCAGUCAACAUGAUCUAAGGGACAACCUAUCAGCCACAAUGAAAGGGUUGGGAGCAAACCGCAGUCGUCAUCUGUCAGACUCGUGUGAACCAGCAAGGUGUUCGCAGAAACCUCUUUGCCCUUUGACUUCGGACCCUCACUGUUCUUUUGUGUUGAGUCCAACCAUAAACCACUAUGGCACCUUGGAUCCUCACCUUUACCAGUGCACUCCUACAAGCCCAACCACCUUGACUCCUGACUGCCUGCUGCCAUUCAACCAGAUGUCCAACAGCAGCACCUUCCCCCGUCUCCACUUCACCCCCCAGACGGAGCAGUUGGACUGUCCCCAGGGAUGUAUGGCGGGCAGUGGUGGAGUCGGGCAGGGCAGCAGGGCAGGUACACUAUCCACCUCUUUGUCUAUGGGUCUGGGCUUGGGUUUGACUGGUGCUCCCAUGAUAACAAGUGGCUCAGCCACCAUCUCCUCUGCAGCAGCAGCCAAGAUAAAUCGAUUACCGUCCAACAUCUUGGAUCAACUGGAAAGGCAUCUUCCUCUGCAGCGGGACGGCUUCAGCACUCUACAGUUUCAAAGAGGACGUAUGUCAAAACAACGCAGCGAGAGUCCAGGACGAAUACGCCACUUGAUGCAUUCAGUGCAGAAGCUAUUUGCUAAAUCUCAAUCGCUGGAAAACUCGACAAUUAAAGGGAACACAAACACAGAGGAUGGUGGGCGACCAACCCACAAAAGCAAGAGUAAAGAUAAGGCUAAGACUGAAGGACCAAAGCAGAGACCAAGGCCUAAUGCAUUAGGUCUGUGGAGCUCAGACGAUGCUCUCGACAUUGAUGCUCCCAAAGCUGGCACCAUUGCUGUUGGUUACCGCAACCCGUUGUGCAUGAUGACACUUGGAAGAGCGAUAUCAGACAGCCAGGCCCACACCAGACAUAUCCAACAGAGCUACAACACAAUUUCUACACAUUCUCUAAAAACCUCCAAAAGCAGCAGUGACCUCAAGCUCCUAGGUAGUUCAGUAACACAGGGAGGAUCCAAAGAACAGGCGAUAAGAAGUCGAAGCAAGGACGAUACACUGGUAAAGAGGGGUUCCUGGUCCAAUCUCACGCUCAAUCAGGCCAGGCAAGUGUUACAGAAAGGCUCUGCUACGGUUAACAGGACACUUUUAAAAACCAAGUCAUGUCACCAGGAUCUGACGACCCAGUUUCUGCAGGUCCCACUGGGGGACUGGGCCGGAACGUUGGGCCAUGGCCAGGCCAAAGGAACCGAAAUCCCUUGUCGAAGAAUGCGCAGUGGCAGCUACGUGAAAGCAAUGGGAGACACAGAAGACAGCGAUGACUCAGAGGGAAGUCCUAAACCGUCCCCUAAAUCUGCAGCCCGUCGCCAGAGCUAUCUGAAGGCCACACAGCACUCACUGAGCGAGCAACAGCCUCCACCACCUCCACGGAAGCCUCGUUGCUACGCUCUCAUGCGGGAGGAUUUUCUUUGGUCUCCACUACAGAGUGCAUGCUCUAUGCAGCAUCUCAGCUCCCUUCCCUCCCUCAAAGAGCUGUCCACAAAUCGUAGCCUGGACAACUUAGAUUGCCUGGUGAGCCCAAUGGAGACCCAAUCACAACACAGACACAAUGAUUUCAGCCAAUGCCCCAACACCUUGGCCAGAAGAUCCACUGCUCAGCGUGUGAGUCUGCACACAAUCUUUCAGGUUUGUGGCCAUGGAUAUGGGCACACCGUUCCACACUGUGAGCGGGAAUCACAGGCAAUGGAGGCUCUGGACCUCCCGGCACCUACCUGCUUCAGGUCGCGCAGCCACAGCUACCUGAGGGCCAUCCAGGCGGGCUGUUCCCAGGAUGAAGAUUCAGCCUCUGUGGAUUCAGACUCACCACCACCCAAUACCAAGAGCUACAACUCCAACACAAUCAGCAGUAGGAAGCCUCCACCUCCAGUCCCACCCCGCACCACUUCCAAACCCCUGAUAUCAGUGACGCUUCAGAGCAGCACAGAGUCCGCUCAAGACACAUACCUUGACCAACAGGACCACGGCAGUGAAAACAGCCAGUCAGGACGCAGCAAUUCUUCAGAGAGUCUCUGUAGCAUUCGAACUGGCGAUUUGGCAAAGAGGAACCAGCCUCCCGUGACUUACCCCCCUGUAACCUCUGCACCCCCUGUUCCAGCUCCUCGUGAACUUCUCCCAACCACAACAACCUCUACCACCACUGUUUCCACAUCUACCCGGCCCCAAAAUGAUACCCUGAACUGUUCCGCCUUUCUGGAGCAGCCCCCCACUGCACCCAAAAGAAAACUAUCCUCUAUUGGAAUUCAGGUGGAUUGCCUUCAGCCUGUUUUAAGAGAAGAACUGGUACCCUUGACUGCCCCUCUAAAAUUCCAGUCAAUUGGAGUUCAAGUGGAGAACGGCAGGCCUCUCAGUCGGGACAGCAGCAUGGCUUCCAGACAAAACACAGAGACCGAGCCACAGGAGCGCCACGAAGCCGCACCCACAGAAAAUAGCAAAGCCAACUGCACUAGCCCUGAAACCACAAAUUCCAACGGACAGUGCAAAGCCAUGGAACAGCUUUCUCUUAAACACAACUCAACUCCAUCCAGAACAUCCACUUUGCCUCCAGAGAUGCUGGACCCAGCUUUAGACCCACCCUCGCUGCCACCGCCAGAUCCCAAUCUGGGGACCGGAAACUGCAAUGCCCAAGGAGAGUCGGAACAAGUCAGCACGCCGGCUUGCCUCCGAGAUGGUAACUGGUUUCUGAAGCUGCUUCAGGAGGAAACAGGCCGCAUGGAGGGCUGGUGUCAACAGAUGGAGCAGGAGACCAAAGACAACAAGCUUACAGAGGAAGUGUUGGGGACAAUCCGCAGCGCAGUUGGCAGUGCCCAGCUUCUCAUAUCAAAGAAGUUUGAGCAGUUCAGGGGGCUCUGUAAUGAAAACCUGAACGCCAAUGCCAACCCGCGGCCAACGGCGCAGGACCUUGCUGGAUUCUGGGAUCUGCUUCAGCUUUCAAUAGAAGACAUCCGCAUGAAGUUUGAUGAGCUCAACCAACUUAAAGCCAACAACUGGCAACAUUCUGAGGAAUCAGAAAAGCUUGAAACCAAGAAUCUUCCAUCGUCCGUGCCAAAGAAGCAAUCUAAGCCCAAGCUGUCUGCUGGGAAGGACAGGAGCAUGGACUCAGCUGUGGACAAGCAGCGGCAAGAAGCCAGAAAACGGUUGUUGGCGGCAAAGCGUGCAGCAUCGGUGCGACAGAACUCCGCUACGGAAAGCGCUGACAGCAUCGAAAUCUAUGUCCCCGAGGCACAGACUCGCCUCUGAGAGUGUGUCAGCAUGGAUUAUCUGGGAAUCUCCAGACUCAGUGACUCAAACUAACUGACAGAACUAAGGCCGUCACACUCACACACCCACACAUUUAUAACAGAUGCAUAAGUGCAAAUGAAGAUAAAACACAUUGCCAAUGGCCCUUGGUACCAUGGGACAGAAAACAACCUUGCAAGAUGUUUAAAACUGUUACUAUUGAUAAGAUGACUAUUAUCUCCUAAAAGUAUAUCAAGACUGUAAGUGCAAUCACCUUUUUGACACAGACAUUCUUGUGAGCUGCCGAAUCCUGGUAUCGCAGAAGUUUACUCUCUUAACGCCCUGAAGUCUACUGGCAAGUUGUGGCCGUAUAGUUUACUAAAUUAGUUACCAUCUACACACACACACACUCAGGAUACACAUACAGGUGUACUCACUGUCCACAGAGUCUUCCUGUUCUCUAUUUGUACUUGGCUGGCACUCAUCAGCUGUGUUGUGUACUCUUAACCGUACCGUGCAACAGAUAUGCAGAGGACGUCAGAAAAACGGAAAGGCAGUAGCGUGCAUAUAUAUAUAUAUAUAUAUACAGUAUAUAUAUAUAUAUACACAUACACACACACACAAUGUUUAUUUUGUAUAUGUUGUAUACCAGAUUGUUAGAAAGAACUGUGUUCUGUACAAAGGUAGUUUUUUUGUUUUGUUUUUUUUAUAGCUCAAGUUUGUGUAUUUUAAUAGUAUAUUAGCACUCAAUGCGAUCAUUCACUCCACCUCCCCUCCCCACUCACACAAUGACACUACACGUGCUGUGUCUGAAGUUUAGUGCUGAUAUUCCAGGAAAGAAUACCCAGCAAAUGAGCUACAGAUGAAUGCAUAGACUAUAUGCAUUGUGCUGGUCAUUUUAACCUGAUCACUGCAAUUUCACCUCCAGUUUUUUUGUUUAGCUUUUUUGGUUCACUGAGUCAUUCUAUCUUUGCAAUGUGAUGUACGGGACUAAGACACCCACCACUUGUUAUGGCAUUCCCAUUUACUCACUACAUGUGACCGGGUGGGAUUUUUUUUUACACCGCUGGAAAGAAAAUGGAAAAGCAAUAAUGAAAUGGAGUUGUAUCUGAGUGUGCAGUGGAGGAUGUGUCCAGUCUUAAAUGAUUUACCUUCAGUUUCUAAAAUAUUUUCUUAGCAUGAAGGACAAUUUUUUUAUUAUUUUUUUUAACCGUGUUCAUUCACUAGAAUAUCAGGUUGAGAGCUCUUGUCGGCAGUAAGAACCACUAUGAAUUGAAUGGCUAUUACAAUCACACAUGUUUUAUUUAAACAAAGUACGGUAUGAAAGCUGCGUUUCUCCACUAGAAAUAAAAUGGUUCAUGUUAAAGCGUGGACCUAAUUUUUCCUCAGUGUAUUUACUCGCAUUUUAAAUGCCCCCGGUUUAAAAUUGAAAAAAGACGGGGUUUUGUUUUUUGUUUUAGUUUUUUUGAAAACAUUGACACAUUUUGUGACGUCCAGCUAUGAGGUCCAACUGUAAUUCUAAUCGCUUAUGGUGCUGCAAGGGUUGUCACAUUAUGCCAAGACGGCAGUGGCCAAUAUCUGUGUCAUUUAGAACGCUUUUUAUUUAAACUGUUUUUUUAUUACUAUUUAAUGUGCUCAUGAUUCUUAGCAAAGGUGGUUUGCAGCAAUUCCAAUUCCGAUGCACUAUGCUUUGUAGAGGUAACUUUGUGGAGCCUAGUGUAUAUAGCUUGAAUCUGUUCGAAUAGCUGAGAUAGGCCCCAGCAUCCUCCGUGACCCCCAUAGGGACAAGCGGUAGAAAAUGGGUGGGUGGAUGGAUGUCCUAUAAAGGUCGAUUUACUAGUCAGGGCUGGCUCUCCCCCUACUGGUCAUGUCCUUGCAUUACACUCUGGAAAACUUCAGAAUAUUCUGAACUAAAAAAAACUAUUAGAAACAAAACAGUUGGCUUUGGAAUGCUGACAUGACACCAAGUUGUUGAUUUUUUUUUUCUUUCUUUUUUUUGUAUGACAUCGACAGUAGACAUGUGCAUUUCAUUGACCAAAGCAAUCAUUAAACAUCCCUUUGCUACA